AUGAGUGAACAUGAUGAAAUUAACCAAACCAACGAAAAAGAGUGUAAUAAUUUGCGUAAUAAUGAACUAAAAGCUGUAUAUUUGAAAGGAAUUCGUAGUGAGCGUAACAGAGGAAUGCUUCGAAUAGGUUAUUUUUACAAUAACCCAUUUUUUUUUCGAAUUAUUUAUGUAAUAAUUCCACCAACUUUAAGUGUGUUGGUUGCUAUACUUCUUGGAAGAUAUGUUCUUCCUCCAUCUAUUACUAUUGUAUGGGUUCAGCCUCGUAUUUUAUUUUCAGAGUUACUUCUGAAAAUAUUUACUCUUGCUGAACAUUGA